UAUAAACCCAGCUCUGCUUCCCAGUUGGCACUCUUCACUUCAAUAACCUAUAAUUCAUUCUAAUAAAAUUACCGAUGGGUGAGAAAGAUCAGGGAGGCAAGAAUGAAGGGGAGAAGAAGCCUGCCGACAAGAAAGACGACGGCAAAGUCGCCGCCGUUUUUAAGAUGGACUUGCAUUGCGAGGGCUGCGCCAGGAAAGUCAAGAGAGUCGUUCGCAAUAUCGAUGGUGUUGAACAAGUGAAGGCAGAUUGUUCGGCAAACAAAUUGACGGUGGCGGGGAAAGCAGACCCGUCGGCGAUCAAAGAGAUGCUAGAGCAGAAGACGAAGAAGAAGGUGGAGCUCGUCUCUGCACCGCCGAAGAAAGACGGCGGCGGUGAUAAGAAGCCGGAAGAGAAGGCGCAAAAGAAGGAAGAAGUUAAGAAGUCAGACGAUAAGAAGCCAAAAGAGAGUACGGCGGUUUUGAAGAUCAGACUGCAUUGUGACGGUUGCAUCCAAAAAAUCCGGAAGAUCGUUUCCAAAUUCGGCGGAGUUCAGAACGUAGAUAUAGACAAAGCGAAGGACCUACUAUCGGUGAAGGGCACCAUGGACGUGAAAGAACUGGUUCCUUACCUCAAGGCGAAGCUGAAGAGGAGCGUCGACGUGGUCCCGCCAAAGAAGGAUGAAGCCGGAGAUCAGAAGCCAAAAGAAGCCGGUGGCGGUGGCGACAAGAAAGAGAAAGAGAAAGAAGCCUCCGGCGGCGGCGGCGAAAAGAAAGAGAAAGAAGCAGCAGCGGCCGGGGGUGGCGGAGAAAAGAAAGAGAAAGAAGCAGCAGCGGCCGGUGGUGGCGGAGAAAAGAAAGAGAAAGAGGCAGUAGCGGCCGGGGGAGGCGGUGGCGACGGUGGGAAGAAAGAGGAAGGUGCGGGGGCAAAGGUGGAGGUGAGCAAGAUGGACUACCAUGGCUACCCAUACCAAGCUCCCAUGUACUGGCAUGAUGGACCCGCGUAUGCACAGAAUUACCCGAUGGUAGUUCAUCCUGGGUAUGGAAACCAAGGAUUCGUAACUCAUGGAUAUGUGGAUGAUCAAGGAUAUGGACCAUAUGGUAACGUAAAUCAUGGGUAUAUGGUGGCAGCAAACCACCCGAUGCAUGCUCCUCAGCUGUUCAGCGACGAGAAUCCCAAUGCUUGUUCUGUUAUGUGAGGGACACACAGACUUCCUACGACAAAAUCAACUGUAAAUAAGUUUUGAUUAUAAUACACAAACAAAAAAAUUUAAAAAAAAAAAAAAUAGAUAUGUGAAUUUACGGAUGAGGACGAUUAUCAGUAGACUAGACGUAGUACAGUAGUACAGUAGAAUUUUGUAAACAUAUAUAGCUUAAAGUUGUGGUAGCCGGCUGGUUUUCGGCCGGUUCAGUUGUUGGGUUCGGUUCAGUUGAUUUUGGAGGUUGGCUCUUCUUUGUCCAUUUACGACUUAAAUUUUGUACUAAUUUUUUAUUAAUAAAAACUCUAUAUGCUUUUAC